AUGGCGAAUUCAGUGAAUGAUAAGAGCAUUGAGAGUUUGAUAUCUGCAAGCAAAUCAUUGAGGCUAAGCUUACAGAAAUCACAGGGCCUGGGGUCGGCUCUAGAGAAAGCAGGAAACAGAUUUGAAGAGAUUAACCAGAGAUUACCCUCUCUUGAAGCUGCAGUUCGACCCAUUCGUGCAGACAAGGAAGCCCUCGCCGCUGUUGGUGGCCAUAUCAACCGGGCUGUUGGCCCUGCUGCAGCUGUGCUUAAAGUUUUUGAUGCUGUUCAUGGACUCGAGAAACCACUAUUGUCAGAUCCGCGUAGUGAUCUUCCGGGGUACCUAUCGGUGUUGAAACGCCUGGAAGAGGCUCUGAGGUUUCUGGGUGACAAUUGUGGAUUGGCAAUUCAGUGGUUGGAGGAUAUAGUAGAGUACUUGGAGGAUAAUGCGGUUGCGGAUGAUAGGUACCUUUCAAAUCUGAAGAAAUCAUUGAAAGGUCUACGAGAAUUGCAAGAUGGUGAGGGAAAGGCCAACCUCGAUGGCGGCCUUUUGGAGGCUGCGUUGGAAAAAUUAGAAAAUGAGUUCCGGAGACUCCUAAUGGAACACAGUGUGCCACUUCCAAUGUCGUCGUCAUCUUCACUUGGAGAACAAGCUUGCAUUGCUCCAUCACCCUUACCUGUUCUGGUAAUCCAGAAGUUGCAAGCUAUUAUUGGAAGAUCGAUUGCUAACAAUAGACUUGAGAAGUGUAUAUCCAUUUACAUUGAAGUUCGAAGUUCAAAUGUGAGGGCAAGUUUACAAGCUCUCAAUUUGGAUUACCUUGAGAUAUCAAUUGCAGAGUUUAAUGAUGUCCAAAGCAUAGAGGGCUAUAUAGCACAGUGGGGAAAGCAUUUGGAGUUUGCAGUGAAACACUUGUUUGAGGCGGAGUACAAGCUGUGCAAUGAUGUUUUUGAGAGGAUUGGAUUGGAUGUGUGGAUGGGUUGCUUUGCAAAGAUAGCCGCUCAGGCUGGUAUUCUUGCAUUUCUACAAUUUGGGAAAACUGUUACAGAGAGCAAAAAAGAUCCGAUAAAGCUUUUGAAGUUGUUGGAUAUUUUCGCGUCUUUGAACAAAUUGAGACUGGACUUCAACCGGCUUUUUGGUGGAGCAGCAUGUAUUGAAAUCCAAAAUCUGACAAGGGAUCUCAUUAAGAGUGUAAUUGAUGGAGCCGCUGAAAUUUUCUGGGAGCUUCUUCUUCAGGUGCAGUUACAAAGGCAGAACCCGCCUCCUCCAGAUGGGAGUGUUCCGAAAUUGGUUAGCUUCAUUACUGAUUAUUGUAAUAAACUGCUUGGGGAUGAUUAUAAGCCACUAUUAACUCAGGUUCUGAUCAUUGACCGAAGUUGGAAGCAUCAGAAGUUUCAAGAAAAGCUCCUUAUUAAUGAGGUUUUGGAAAUUAUUAAAGCCAUAGAGAUAAAUUUGGAGACAUGGAUAAAGGCUUAUGAGGAUGCCUCAUUGUCCAACCUUUUUGCAAUGAACAACCAUUGGCAUUUGUACAGGCACCUGAAGGGAACUAAGUUAGGGGUUCUGCUGGGGGAUGCCUGGUUAAAAGAACAUGAACAGUACAAGGACUAUUAUGUCACAGUGUUUUUGAGAGAUAGCUGGGGGAAGCUUCCUGGUCAUUUAAGUAGGGAGGGUCUGAUUCUGUUCUCAGGUGGUCGUGCCACUGCCCGUGAUCUUGUCAAAAAGAGGCUAAAAACUUUCAAUGAAGCCUUUGAUGACAUGUAUAAGAGGCAAUCAAAUUGGAUAGUGUCAGAUAAAGAUCUAAGAGAGAAGACAUGCCACCUCAUAGUGCAGGCGGUUGUGCCUGUUUACAGAAGCUACAUGCAGAACUAUGGGCCCUUGGUUGAGCAAGAUGCAAGUUCAAGCAAGUAUGCAAAGUAUUCAGUACAGAAUUUGGAGAAAAUGCUCUUGUCUCUCUUUCAGCCAAAGCCUGUUAGAUACGGCAGUUUCAAAGGUAGGCAAACUAGUGGGAAAUUUAACAAUGGAGUAACAGAUCUUCGCCGUACUACCUCUGCGGUUGUGUGA